AUGUUCCUCGCAAGCAUUCCGGCACUUCGUGAACAAGAAAUGAAGAAAGAUGAAGAUGAUAACACGAGCCUUAGCUCUUUUUACCUUGUUUCGCAUAUUACAUUAAUACCCUCGGCUUUCUACACUAACGGCAGCCAUUUUACUGAUAACGAAACAAGCCACGCGGGACGGGCCCACGAGGGCGCACCCUACGUAGGGCGUAUUCCAGCCGCUCCCACUAUUGUAAUAGUAAUAGUAUCAGUAACAGCAGGAUUGCUUACAAUACUUAUUUCAUACUAUGUAUGGAGGAAAAGUUUGGCAAAAGGAAGGAAGCGUAGUCAGACCAUAAUUAGUUUUAAUGAUGGAGAUGGAGAAAAUGAUACAGAAUUACCGCUUUUUAACUUCAAGAGUAUAUUAGUUGCUACAAACAAUUUCUGUGAAGCUAAUAAACUUGGAGAGGGGGGAUUUGGCCCUGUUUAUAAGGGGAUUUUGCCUAGAAAUAAAGAAGUAGCCAUGAAAAGAUUGUCAAAGAAGUCUGGGCAAGGACAUCAAGAAUUCGUUAAUGAGUUAAAGCUUAUAGCCAAGCUCCAACAUACCAAUCUUGUUAGGCUCUUGGGUUGCUGUAGUGAAGAGGAGGAAAUGAUAUUGGUUUAUGAGUAUAUGCCCAAUCGAAGUUUGGACAAAUUUUUGUUUGAUCCAAUGGAAAACACAAAAUUGGAUUGGGGUAAACGCUUUCGAAUUAUAGAAGGUAUAGCUCAAGGAGUACUUUAUAUCCACAAGCACUCCAGAUUGAAAAUCAUUCACAGAGAUCUCAAAGAAAGCAAUGUCCUAUUGGAUGAAGAAAUGAAACCCAAAAUCUCAGACUUUGGAAUGGCAAAGAUUUUCGAGAAAAACCAAAUUGAAGCAAAUACAAAAAGGAUUGUUGGAACAUACGGCUACAUGUCACCUGAGUAUGCACGCUUUGGCCAUUUCUCUGAAAAAUCGGAUGUAUUUAGCUUAGGAGUGCUGCUGUUGGAGAUUGUAAGUGGGAAGAGAAAUGCUGCUUUGUAUCGCUUUGAACAUCCACUAACUCUUGCAGGAUGGGCUUGGAAAUUAUGGAAAGAAGGUAGAGGAAUGAAGGUGAUUGAUGCGUCUGUGAGGGAAACAUGCGUGCCUCAUGAAGCUUUAAGGUGUAUCCAUUUAGCAUUUUUGUGCGUUCAAGAAGAUCCAGCUGAUCGACCAACAAUGGCUACUGUAAUUCUCAUGUUGGGCAAUGAAUCCACAUCACUUCCACUCUCCAAAGAACCUGCGUUUACAGCACAUAGUAAUUCCGGUGCUCAUGGUUCCUGUCCAGCAUCUAUCAAUUUUUCCAACAAUGCAAUCACCAUUAGUAUCCCCGAAGGUCGAUAAAGGUUCUAUGUUCUUGUGUGGGACAGCCUUUUGCAAAAUACACCUUGGGUUUCACAGAUAUAUGUACUGAUGUUUUCGAUGGUAUGCUCUUAUUUGACUUUAACUAUUGCAUUGUAAUGGUUUAGGUGCAUUUACAAGCCAAGCUCAAAUAUGUAAAUUUUUUGAUGUCGCAAGCUCAAACAUAUAAUCAUGAAUGUAUUUAACUGACAAUGGAUUAUCAUACUCGUGUAUAUACCGUCAUGAAAAGCUUAGAAGCAUAUGCAUAUUGUGAGAUAUUUUGUCCACAGAUGACUUGACAAUGUAAGAUGAACAGAUCUAUAUCACCAGAAGGUUUGAGGAGUACUAUAUAUCCCUGGAAUUCUGGAAAGAAUUCAACAAGAGAAAA